AUGAUCGGCUUUUAUACCAAGAGCAUCCCACUUGAAUUAAGAGCUUUGUGUUUGCAGCUGCAGCGACACGUUGAAAGUUUAUCGAAAAUGUGGCAUAGUGAGUUUACAACAAAUUGGCCCGGUAUGGUUCAGCAACAGAUGCUUCCAUCCAGUUACCUUGAAGACGACGACGACUCACACGUGAAAAGGCCAAUGAAUUCGUUCAUGAUCUGGGCAAAAAUUAUGAGAAGGAAGUUUGCUGAGGAGAACCCUAAACUACACAAUGCAGAGAUCAGCAAGCUGCUGGGCAAGGCGUGGAAUGAGCUGACCACGAAGGAAAAGCGGCCGUUUGUCGAGAAAGCAGAAAGGCUUCGAAUUCGUCACAUGAAAGAGCAUCCUAAUUACAGGUACACGCCAAAGAGGCGAUCGCAAGACAGACGGCCUGGUCAGCGAACAAACUCCACUUACAUGAACCCGAGCUUCAUCAGCAACAUUUCAAACGUUGUAAUGAACAGUCAGAUAUUUGGACUGCCUCCUACUCCAGAACUUAGUCCUAAAGACAGACAUUGUGCUUCCACUCCAUACAUAGACCAUGCAGGACAAUACUAUCCGACGGGAUAUGAAGAUUGGAACUACAAUACGUACAGGGAAUCGUUCGGCAAUCAUCGUGAUUACAAUGGUUAUCCUCCGACAAGAUUAGAAAGAGACCAAGGCAGACCUCAAUUUAACGGUCCUUCAACCUCUGACUAUCCUAAUCCACGAUUUAAAGGAGCCAUAUGCUUCACACAAGAUAGAGACACUUUUAGUUAUAAUGAUGAGACUAGGCCUGGCACAAGCUCAGAACAGAUGUUUCACCCAGAAAACGCAAGGAAAGACGUAACAUUUCCACCUUGCGCAUAUCAGUCCGGAAAGAUAAAAUCACCAGAGAAUUAUUAUUUUAAUGAACCUCGUUCAUCGAUUGUCAAAACUGUGGUACAUUCCGCAGGAAACGUUGGAUCUACGUUGGCCACAGGCGAACAGCAACAAUCUCAAAAAAUCGUCAGAAGAACACGCUUAAGUUCUUGUAGAUUUGCACAGCCUCAAACUGUAGAAAAUGACGACGAAGAAGAAGGUGAAGAUUAUUCUGGACGGAUGAGAGAAAACUCGGGGACAAUUCUAGAAAAUUUCACCGAACUUUUAAGCGAUGAUUUAGACAGAGAGGAAUUUAGUAUGUAUCUCGCCGAGGCGUACUGACUGAAGUAAAUUCUUCCAUUGUAAACACUUUUAAGGAUCAGUGUUACCCAUCGAAAUCAUCGCAUAAUGGUAAAACUGUGAGAGACGAAGUACAGUUUUUAUCCAUGAAAGGCCGGCAUUAAAUUGCUAUUUGUUAAAUAUAUCAGAAGGUGGCACGAGUGGUUAACGAGUUUAGAAUGAUAUUACAUUAUACUAAUCGAGAGUGCUUUUGCUGUAAACAAACUGCUGUAUCCUGUGUUUUUGGGAACUGUUUUCUUUCACCUACAGAGUGUCUCGAGGACUUGUGAACAGCGCAUUUGCAGGCCGUUGAUAGAGGCCUGCUAUUAUCCGUAUAUAGCGUUUGUGACGAAAACCUUUCGUUGUUCCACGGCGCUGAAGCUGCAAUGAUAAGGCGUUGAAAAAAGUCGAAGGUUAUCUCCUACGAUUGAUAGCUUACUUACUUUAUUAUGUUAAUACUAUGCUAGAAACAUUAGGAAUUUAAGUGCAAUUUUGGUUAAAUCCGUAGCAAAUGUCGCCUUUUAAAUUUCCAAAAUAGCUUCAGCGUUGUAGCAAUUAAACAUGAUAGCUUGGUCCAGACGCCGACGUGCUCAUAAAUCAAGUUCUCAGUGGUUCUUUUGCAUCAUACCGGCAAAUUUAAACUGGGUUUCACUUUGCACGGGAUCAUUUUCAAAAAUUCAUAAUUGUCAUACAAUCGGGACCUUGUUGCGAGAAACAGAAUUAGAAAUGUCUUAUGUCACUGAUAAAUGUUUGAUGCUUUUUUUUCAAACUAUUCUCGUUCUUUACGUUCUUGAGGUUUCUGAUGUCCCCUGCUGUGGCAAACUAUCAUAGCGACAGUUGUCGACAAAACCGCCUACUAUGUGUGCUGCAGUUUGUAGAUAACUUUACGAGGCGGUGAAAUUUCUCAAAUUAUUAUAGGAGCUGUUGACUGAUUACGGCUUAAACAUCUCAGUCGUUCCUGCGUUAAAUACAUAAACAUCUUCUUUGAAGCAGGCUUUUUUUUGACAUGGAAGCUGUUCAGAGACGUAUCAGAAUUUUUAGGCAAACUCA